GCGGCGCGAACGAUGAACGAAGUGCUGGGACUCUUCUCACUGGGAUGCGAGCUGAGCAACCUCAAGCAAGAGAAGGAGGCACUGAGAUGCUUCUUGGCAAUACGUAUGCCAUCAACGUCCACGACACUAUCCGCAGGGCAAGUCGAGAUUGUCGACAUGUACAUCGCGGAGCUAUAUCUCAUGCUUGCCAUGGAAGGUCAGCAUAAUGCCUUAAAGACGUACAGACUUCCCGACGCGUCAAGAAUACUCCAGCGCGUCCCCUACAAGCAGCGAGGUUCAACGUCGUUGCCGUUCCCGCACAACGAGUGGGGCGUUCGUCGACUUCGGUGCGAGUGGAUGCUCAAGAUUCUAACCGAUCCCCAAGCUUAUCGCGCCCAUGUCGACCUGUUAUGUCAGGGCAUCCACCUGUGUGAGCAAACCGGCGAUCUAUCGACAUGGCUGGCGUGGUACCGGUCUGCGCUGCGGCACCAACUCAAGCAGAUCCACACAGUGUGUUGCUUGUCCCCUUCCCCUUCGCCAUCCGCGUCCUUUGCAUCUUCCUUUCGGGAAUGCGCCGUGGUCGUUUACGACACGCUUGCUUCAUGCACGUCGAGCGAUGCGUUCAAGCUCUGGCUGUUGGAAGUGCUGUGUCACUCGAUCCUUGAACAGCCCAGUGUAUCCAGCGACGAAUCCUCCAAGCUGUUUACGUUCUGCGACGGCUUCUCCACCCAGCUCGCCGCGUCGCGUCCCGACCUUCGCAUGUACUUUGUGCUUUUGCACGUUCUGCUGCUGUUUCGCACUGGGGACGUCGUGCGUGCCGGGCCCCUUGUCCAAGAGCUGGAGACACUAACCCAACAAUACCCCACCCUGCUGCCCUCCACGUGGCGUCACCUCCCAGCACUGCUUCACCUGCAAGUGAACGCUUACUACAAUCCCACCGCCGCCAUCUCCAUGUCCUCGUCGCUCCUGUCGGCGCUGCAGUCCGACGCUAGGGACUCGCCGCCGUUUCUGUGGUUCGACGCGCAUCUCACGAUCUGCCACCUCUUGGACGCCCAAGGACGGUAUGGGGAGGUCGGCCAUCUCGCCACGGAGCUGCUGCGUGUCGUGGACCUGCCAAACGUCGCUCGAAGCGGUCGGCAUACGUCCAUGCGCACCGCCGUGCAUAUUCUCUUGGCGAAGUAUGCCCACGCAGUCAACUGCAUGGAUGACGCGAUCAACCACGUGAACGCCGCGUUCGCGCUCAUCUUGGAGGACACCCCGCAGUGGCCGCAGCUGUCGGACGUCCACCUCAUGCACAUGAUGGGGCUGCUGGAGGUCGCCACGGCCAUGUCGUGCUUUCCGCUGCCCAAGGCCGGCGCGCCUCCCGCCGUCGUGCAGCCAUUCUUCCCCGACGACAACCUACUCGAGUUUGCUGCGGGAGUACUACGCGAUACGAACCUGCGGGCGCUCAUUUACAACGGCCCGAGCAAAGAAGUCCGUGCCAAGGUAUGAAAAACGCUGGUUACGUAGGCCUGAUGGAGAAUGAUGGGACGAUAUGUAGUACGAUCUGUACUUGUGCAAGUGGCUGUGGGGGACGCAGUGCCUUGGCUUGGUGGGCACGUACCCUGACAUGGACACCCUCCGCAGCUACAUGCUGUCAGUGCUGCAGGAUUGCUUGGAACUGUCGACCAGUUCUAUCAACUGCAGCAACAUCACGGCGGAAAUCAUGGUGCUGUUCGGGCCGAAAUUGAUCGAGUUUGGUGAGGCGCGAUGUGGGGUCUUGAGGACGCUGACUUGACAGUGAUGUAGGCCGCCUGGACGAAGGUGAACGCACGCUGACGAAUGCGUUAAAGAUUGCCAUGCACACGAAAAACCUCAAGCUACAAGUGCAGAUUAUGAUCGAAGUGCAUGCUUCCUGUGGGCGAAAAGAUCAAGUGAAGGCGCAAUCGGUGGUUGCGGACAAGUUUGCGAAGAAACUCGAGUCGUUGGCGCGCAAGGUCGACCGCGCGCUGGAGAAUCAUGCAGUUCACACCCAGUUGCUCACGUGGAAAGUGCAGGAAACAAGCACCUGAAGAAUGAAGUAUGCGUAAUAAAGGGACAUUACAAUCGAGAGAGCGCGGUAGAUGCAUGUCGGACGAUCGUCUGCACGGGCACAUUGUCGGCUCGCAUGGCUUGGGCGGCAACGGACCCCGUCAUCUCCGACUAGGAAAACAGAGUCACGUCAGAGAGGAAGACGCACGAG